GUCAUCCAGUAUCAGCUUAAUUCAGCUCUUUCUUAACAGACUAAUGGCAGCUGCCCUUGAGGAUCCAAGAGGAGCCAUAGGUUUCAGGGACCCUGGCAGCAAUCUAGAUGAAGAGGAGGAAGAUGACACAGCAGCAGUUUUAUUGAGUGUUUUAGUGCAGCGGGGACAGUUGGGCCUUUGUUUCUACGAAAGUGGAGACUCGUCUUUACAUUAUAUGGUGGAUUCUCCUGAUGACUAUGAGCUUCACUUGUUGUCCAGAGUCAUUCAGGAGGUCAGGCCCCAUGUAAUUCUAACCAGUGCAAAGCAGGAACGCUGCUUGACCCAAUAUUUGCAGCAACUUGGUUCUGACCCACACUAUAAACCCGAGGUGGUUACUUAUCCAUAUGUUGACUUUGGUCUGGAGGUCGGUAAGCAGAGGCUUCUUUCCGCCCAUCUGCCUUUCCUCCCAGCUUGCAUUUCAGAGAGGGACAAAAUGUCUUAUCUUUCCUCCUGUAUCACCUUUGACUCACCCUUGAUGCUUAGGGCAGUGGGAGCUCUGCUGAAAUGUCUGGACAGGAGGAGAGUGGGAGUAGAACUGGAAGACAGCACUGUUGGAGUCCCAAUCCUGCAGUUUCAUGCCUACACACUUAAAGAAGUGGUUUACAUCGACCGGGACACCUACAGUGUACUUCAGAUCUUUAAAUCAGAUCUGCACCCAUCAGUCUACAAACUGCAGUCAGGUGAAAAGGAAGGACUAAGUCUCUAUGGAAUAUUGAACCGAUGUAGGAGCAAAUUUGGAUCCAAAUUGCUACGUCAGUGGUUUCUUCGACCUACACGAGACCUUGCAGUGCUGUACAGAAGACAGGAAGUGAUCCGUUUCUUUACUUCACCUCGAAACUCGGACGUCCUGAACACCUUGCAGGCCUCGAUACGGAACAUCAGAAACAUACCAGGUGUCCUGCGUCGCAUGACUCUCUCCAGCACCAAAGUCAGUGACUGGCAGACUCUCUACAAGACGGUAUACAGCGCAGUGUGCAUCAGGGACUCAAUGCGGCACCUUCCUCAAUCUGUUCAGCUGUUUCGGGAGAUCAGUGAGAAACUCUCUGAGGAUCUUCACUACAUCGCCGCUCUCAUAAACAAAGUUGUGGAUUUUGAUACCAGCUUAGAAGAGAACCGCUUCACUGUCAAACCCAACGUUGAUCCUUCCAUUGAUGAGAAGAAAAGGAGGAUGAUGGGGCUGUCUGACUUCCUGACUGAUGUUGCCAGAAGAGAGCUUGAACAUCUGGACUCUCGAAUCUCCUCCUGCUGUGUCAUUUACCUCCCCCUGAUUGGAUUUCUGCUCUCUGUGCCUCGACUGCCCAGCAUGGUGGAAAAAGAGGAUUUUGAAAUGGACGGACUUGAGUUCAUGUUCCUCUCAGACGACCGGCUGCACUACCGUAGUCAAAGAACCAGAGAGCUGGACAGCCUCCUGGGAGACUUGCACUGUGACAUUAGAGACAUGGAGACUGCAGUGAUGACACAGUUGCAGAGUGCCGUCCUGGAAAGGAGCAGUUCUCUGUAUCAGGUACUGGAUCUCCUGGCUGAGCUGGACUGUCUGAUGGCGAUGAGCAGCGCCUCUCAGGAGUACAGCUACUCCUCACCCAAGCUCACCAGACAUAGAACAAUAGCAAUAACACAGGGAAGACACCCGCUGCUGGAACUGUGUUCUCCGGUGUUUGUGGCCAACUCCUACCAGAGCUCUGAAUCAGAGGGCAGAAUCAAGGUCAUCACUGGUCCAAACUCAUCUGGCAAGAGCAUCUUCCUCAAACAGGUGGGUCUGAUUGUGUUCAUGGCUCUGAUUGGCUCAGACGUGCCGGCUAAAGAGGCAGAGGUAGGUCUGGUGGACGGGAUCUUCACUCGCAUGCAGAGCAGAGAGUCCGUGUCUGUGGGCCUCAGCACCUUUAUGAUAGAUCUCAACCAGAUGGCCCUGGCUCUUAACAGCAGCACUGGCAGCUCAUUGGUGCUCAUUGAUGAGUUUGGAAAGGGCACCAACACAGUUGAUGGGCUGUCUUUACUCGCUGCAUCUGUCUCUUUUUGGCUAAAAAAGCCUCCGGUGGAUGUUCCUCACGUCCUGUUGGCUACAAACUUCCACAGUCUGAUGCAGUUAGGGCUUCUACCAACCACUGGCAUGCUGUCAUUUCUGACUUUAGAAACAGCCGUAGACAGAGAUGAGUUGGUGUUUUUGUACCAGCUGAAGGAAGGGAUCUGCCAAUCCAGUUACGCUGCCAACAUUGCUGCACUGGCAGGCCUGCCAACAUGCCUUGUACACAGAGCCAUGGAGGCGUCUGAACAUUACCGAACAGGAAAACCCAUCAAACGCAUUGACAAAGCAUCAUCAGACGAGCAGGCCAAGAGAUGCCAAUCUGUGGUGCAGAAGUUUUUGAGUCUUGACCUGGAGGACAAAGAUGUGGAUCUGCAGAGCUUCAUGAAAGAUGAGCUUCUGCCCUCUGCUGGAGAGCUCCUGAACCGCAGCUAGACUCUGGAAGUGCUGCAAACACCUUUCUGCAUUUCUCCGCUCCGUGUUCAGUGAGAAAAUGUUUUGGGUUUGCUUUUUUUGGGAAAAACGGAGAGAUUCACCUCCAAACAAGGUGGAUGUUUACAGAGUGUUAUGCUAAUAACAAUAAGAUAUUUAUUGAUGUAAAAAACAGUUCAAGCACAUUGUUUAUUUUGUGAAGAAAUUACUGUACAUGGUUUGUGUUACAUAUAUCUAGUGUUUACUUAUUGAUACUCAAUACCAAUAUUUUGCAAAUCUGGUAGUGUUUUUGCUUGAAGCAACAUAAAUUGUGUUUUUUCAACAACACAACUGAAUAAAAGUAUUUUUUUUUAUCCAA